AUGUAUGUGUCUUCAAAUUCUGAUGGCUACUGGGUGAUGCCACUGCUGGAUGGAGAGGCCAUCCCUAUGCAAGUGGACACAGGCACAGCUGUAUCGCUCGUGGCAGAGUCAACUUAUCUAGAGAAGUGGUCACACCUCUGUCCCAGGGAAGCGAACCUGACCCUGAAAUCAUACACAGGAGAGCUUGUACCUCUUUCAGAAGACAAAUGUGAAUUCUUCCAAUCCACAAUCGAAUAUCUUGGGCAUGUAAUUGACAGCGCUGGUCUCCACACAGCAUCAUCAAAGGUAAAAGCUAUUGUGGAUGCAACAUCUCCAAAGAACGUAAGCCAGCUGAGAUCAUUCCUAGGGCUACUAACAUACUAUGCAAAGUUCAUGCCAAACCUGGCCAGCAGGCUUCAUCCCCUACAUGAACUGCUAAACAAGUCUAAACAAUGGAAAUGGUCCGAGAGAUGUGAGAAGGCAUUCAGGGAUGUUAAAUGUGUAUUAACACCAUUCAAGGUCCUCACUCAUUACAACCCUUCACUACCGAUACAGCUGCCAUGUGAUGCUUCACUGUAUGGUGUCAGCGCAGUACUUUCACACGUUAUGCCAUCCGGUGAAGAAAGGCCAAUCGCCUUUGCGUCAAGGACCCUGAACUCGGCAGAGAGCAAUUACGGUCAAAUUGAACGAGAAGCCUUAGCAAUCGUAUUUGCUGUCAAGAAAUUUCACCAGUACUUGUUUGGGCGCAGAUUUACUCUACUUACUGACCACAGACCACUUACCUCUAUAUUUGGUCCCCAAACCGGCAUUCCCUCAUUGGCGGCAAAUCGCAUGCAGCGCUGGGCUCUGUUGUUGUCGGCACAUCAGUAUGACAUCAAGUACAGGAGAUCCGAGCAGCACUGCAAUGCAGAUGGACUAUCCAGGUUGCCUCUGCCGGACAAGCCACCAGAAGGCAGUCAAGCUGACAUCUUUUACUUUUUGACCUGGAUCUCUCAUGGCAAGGGAGUAGAGAUGACAGACAACUUCAAACCUUAUCUGGUUCGACAAAAUGAGCUUACAGUACAAUCUGGCUGCCAGAUCUGGGGUUAUCGUGUCAUUAUACCCCCACGUCUGAGGAACCUUUUGCAGAAAGAACUUCAUUCAGGCCACACGGGAAUAGUGAGGAUGAAAGAGAUGGCCCGCAGCUACUUCUGGUGGCCGGGUAUAGAUGCAGAGAUCUAAGAGGAAGCAAGUGGUUGUCCAGAUUGCCAGAAUGUAAGAAACAUGCCACAGAUAGCCCCUUUGCACCCAUGGGACUUUCCAGAGGAGCCAUGGCAGAGAAUACAUAUCGACUUCGCAGGACCAAUGGAGAGCCAUAUGUUUCUGGUGAUUGUCAACGCUCUCAGCAAAUGGCCGGAGGUAGCAGUUAUGAACAGCACAUCUUCUGAGAAAGCCAUCGAAGAGCUUAGAUCUGUGUUCAGUCGUUUUGGGAUACCACAGCAGCUUGUAAGCGAUAAUGGCCCCCAAUUGGUGUCUGAAGAGUUUCAGUCCUUUCUGCGUGUGAAUGGGAUUCAGCACAUCAGAUCUGCGCCUUAUCACCCAUCCACCAAUGGCCUGGCUGAACGAUUCGUCCAGACUCUGAAGAAGGAUCUAAAGACGUCGCAGGGUAAGGGUUCCCUAAACCAGCGAUUGAACACUUUUCUGUUGUCGUAUAGAAACACGCCACAUGCAGUCACUAAAGUCUCUCCAGCUACAGCACUGCUGAAACGACAACUACGCAGCAGACUGGACCUGCUGAGACCAACAGGAACCAAGCAGAUUGUCUUGUCACAACAGCGAAUGCAGGUGGAGAGGCGAUGUAAGGCGAAGUUUAGAAGUUUCAACAGAGGUGACAGCGUACUUGCUCGUAAUUAUGGAAAGGGUGCAAAAUGGGUACUCGCAACCAUUCUUGCACAAACUGGCCCUGUUUCGUACAUUGUUGAAACGAAAGACAAUCAGACAUGGAGACAUGUUGACCAGUUAUUGUCUUCAGCAACCUCCAGUGAUGACCCCUGUGAUUUGAGGGCCCAACAACAACAACAACAACAACUGCAACUCCCAUCUCACAUCAGCCCGGGUCAGGAUGUAUUCACAGAAAUCUUGCCCACACCACCUGCUAGUGAACCUCGGGUAAGCGUUACUUCUGAGAAUACAUCUCCUAUACCAGCUACUCCAGUGACUGUUACAGACACUCUAGUAAAAACACCACCUGUGCCUCCUCUCCAUUGUUACCCGACUAGAGUGCGGAAACCACCACAAAGACUGGAUCUCUAG